AUGACCAUAUUCUUCCGUUCUGCUAAAGUCUCAGCCGCGAAGUUUAGACUAUAUUCGACUACCUCCAAUCGACCUCUCGCUUUCGCUUUCGACAUCGAUGGAGUAUUGAAGCAUGGUAGAUUUAUCAUUCCAGAAGCAAAGAAAGCUUUACAAAAGCUCGAUGCACUCAACGUUCCCUACAUAUUCAUUACAAAUGGCGGUGGAACUAUGGAGAACGAAAGAGCGAAAGCUAUCUCAAAAGACUUUCAAAUUAACGUUGACGAGUCACAAAUGGUACUCUCACACACAGUAAUGAAACCUCUAGCUCAACGUUUACGUGAUAAAAACGUUCUCGUUGUCGGUGGUGACGAGCAUGGCCAAAAGUGCCGUGAAAUUGCUGAAUCCUACGGUUUUAAGAAUGUCUACGUUCCUACUGACAUACUGUGCUGGAAUAAGUUCAUCUAUCCAUUUGCUUCUCCACCUGCACCACACGAUGGUCUUCCUCAGUCGCAUACUUAUCGCCAAAAGCAUGUAGAUUUCGCUAACGUACCAUUCUCUGCUGUAAUGUUGUUCAAAGAUAGUGCGAAUCAUGGAUUAGAUAUGCAGAUAAUUUGUGACCUGAUUCGUAGCAAAGAUGGCUUGAUUGGUACGGAAAGUGAUAAUGGCAAGCAAGGUGUGGAGCUGCAUUUCUCCAACCCUGAUCUCAUUUGGACUACCGAGUAUCCUCAGCCUAGACAUGGUCAAGGAAUGUUCAUAGAAGCUAUAAAAAUGGUUCAUAAUAUAAGAAGCCCUGAUAUCGAUCUUCAAUAUAAGCAGUACGGGAAACCGUAUGCGGUAACUUAUGAAUACGCGGAUAACCUGCUUCAACAGCUCAUAAAAAAGAAAAGUAACUCAACAGAGAAUCCAAUGGUAGUUAUGGUCGGUGAUAAUCCUGAUUCUGAUAUUCAGGGUGCUAACAAUUUCGGCUGGCAAUCGGCAUUAGUUAGGACGGGUGUGUAUAAACACGGUAUCCCAAAGCAUGAGCCUAGUGUAAUUGUAGAUAACGUACUCAAAGCUGUUGAAUGGGCAAUUGAACAGCGUUGA